CCCAAGCCUCCGCGCACCGGAGGGCGUCUCCCCCCUCCCGUUCUGGCCGAAACCCUAGCCCCAACCAGCAAGUCGUCGUCUCCGCCGGUAGCCGCCGCCGUUAGAUCGUUGGUAUCAACAUAAUGACAGCUGGUGAUUCUGCACACACUGGUGGAGGCAGAAACACCACCAACUGCGAUCGUGAAAAUGGAUUUGUUAGCACAUCUCCAAAGGGCGACUUGUAGCAUUGCAAACAUCUGCAUGAUUAGAUGAGGAAACUCUGUCUCGACAUCAAUGCCAACAACAUCAUCCAAGUCUUUUUCACAAUGAGUACAUGAUCGAACAGAGAGCCAAGCUGAAAUCAUCAAGAUUCGUAGAAGGUUUUCCACACUUUAUUUAACAUUCAGAUGUGAGUUUAAUUUCAGCAGUUUCUAAUUCUUUCUGGCUUCUCUUAGGCAUUCAAGAUUUGUAGAAGGUUUAAUGUGUACCGACCUUAACCUCGAAAGUUUCUUGUCACUAAAAGUUAGAAUUCAGUGAGGGGUUUUAGCUAACACUCACACAAAGUAGAUUUUGUAGCUGGAUCUGGAUGGAACAGCAACGAUGAGAAUGGUGGUUAAUUCUGAUUUCUAUGUUGAUGAAGGUUUGAUAGCUUAUAGUGCAGUUGCAUUAUGGAUAUAUGACAAAUCAAAUUGUGAAAAGUGGCAUUUGAAGACAGAAACUGCUGCUCAAUAAUGCAACAAAUGUUAAACAAAAAAAAUAUAUAUAUUAAGUUGCAUGAUGGGAAGUGAUAACAGAUGAUUCUUGACGAUGAACAGGCCCACAUGUGAUUCUUAAUUCAACAUACUUCAAAUGGAUUGUAAUAAAAUGACCAGUACAGUCACAAUCAUAAAAGAUUUGAGAACCAGGAAGGAGGAUGAUUCAUAAGCUGCAUAAAAUAGAUCUCAUGUGCAGUUAAGAGCAAAAGAGAAAGAAGCAUAGAAGUCGCUUGGUGGUUUCUAUAUGGUUUGAAUCAGAUGCUUGGCAAAGUGGCAUCAGAAGUGGAGUAUCAUGCCCUUAAGAAACUAGCUGCGUUUCAUGCAGGCAGGCCUGUGGAUAGACUUGGGGAUCAAACAAUGCCUCUCAUCCUUUGGCACCAUGUAUUAUUUAUUAAGAUGGUGAUGGAGAAGGUAUCAGAUCAAGUGUUCUCAUAGAAGAUGUCAAAAGGGUGCAGAAUGACAAUGAUGCUUCAUUCCAGCCCACAGCAGCCAAAGAUGGAUGAGAAGUUGUACCAAAUAGAAAGUAUAAUCUUUAGGUCACAUCAGUCACAUAUAUUUUCUCUGAAUCCCCAUGAGAAUGUUCCUGCAGCACUAGAUAUGACUUCUGAAUGCAUGCCAUCCAUCAAAAGAGCAUGGGAGAGGCUUUGCGAGCUCCUUUACAGGGGUGCAGAGCCCACUACCUAAAGCAUUCAGCUGAAAGCAUAGAAACUGAUACACCUUCGAUCUUCCAUAACAUUCAUGGCAGGUUAAAGCUGUUAAAAGGUGCUUUAGGGAGGAUAUGACACUGACUCAAAUCCUCUUAGUUUAAGUGGGGAUGGGUAGAUAAGCAGCAUUUAUGGUGAUCCAUGGCAUAUGCAUAGUAAUAGAUAGGCCAAUUAUUUGCUACAGAAGUAGAAGAAGGAACUUCUGAUUUCUUUCUGCUGUUCCAGAUUUAAGCCAUUCAAGUUUAUUGGAUUCAUAUAGCAUGAUCAUUGCCCUCCAGUUAAAUUCAUUAGAUAAUGAUGUGGAGAUUCAUAAAAUCAAUGGCUAAGCAUGUGAGAGAGAAAGAGAGUUGAAGUACAGGAUUAAAGAACAAAACAGAGGAAGAAAAAGUGAGGGAUUUGGAAAAACCUAAGCAAGGAGAGAAGAACAUGGAUCACCACCUGCACUGCAUCUUUGUAAUUGUAGUGGUUGUUUGUUGAUGUGAUCUGAAGCAGACAAGCCAUCAAGAAAAUUUGGGUCUGAAUGGGCUGACACCAAAAGAGAGUGUGUUUGUCAACAUAAGAUUAAAGAAAGCAAACAUUAUCAUCUAUGCUGACUAGCUGAUGGAACACUCAACCAACACAAGCAGAUGGGAUGUGCCCACCAGUGACUGUGCUAUUUGUGGUUUACAACGUAUAUGGCACAUUGUAUGUUCAUGAAAUCCACUUACUCUGUUCUUUUAUUUGACAUAUGGUGGUACUUCUAAAGCUUCCAUGUAGGGUGCAAAGCCUCACAUGCAUCCACAGAUGCUCUUGUCCUGUGAUCCUACACAAGCAGAUGGAGAUGUUAGUGUAAAAUAUGGGGGAAGACCAGCAUAAAUCUAGCUUUUGCCAAUAUGCAGGGCUGUGAAAUCAGUAAGUCAAAAUAGUUCCUAGAGUACACAAGCAGCUAAAGAUGAUGGUGCAAAAUAUGGGAAAGGCCAGCAUAAAUCCAGCCCUUGCCAAUGUGCAGGCAUGUGAGAUCAAUAAAGUCAAAGUAGUCCAAAGAGUCUGAUUGGCAGUGGAAGAAACUUUGUGCCUGAGAAAGCCCCUUCUCCUAACUUUCCACCAUCCAGGUCAAUGUCUGAAUUGAAUCAAUAAGGAAAUGAAACACACAGAUUUGAGCAAGAAGAAGAAAUACCCAAGGAAGCUUACAAAAAAUAGAACUUGCUGAAAAAGUUACAAUUUGUUUUCUAGGUCUCAAUCUAUGACAAUCUAUUUGUAGUCUAUUGUUCCACUGGCAAGAAUCAUCUGUUAUCACUUUCCAUCCUGCAACUUGAUGUACUAUUCUGUUUGUGUAGUACUGAUUGCAACAUUGAAUAUUAGGCAGUCAGUUUUCCCUGUUCGACUGCCACUUUUCACAUCUUGAUUUGUCCUGCUAUCAUUUGCUAUUUCACUAAGCUAAACCCACCUUCACUGAGCUCAAACUUUUAGUGGCAAGAAAUGGUUUGAGGUUAAGGCCAAUACACACCUGUCGUAAAAGUUCACAGCAAGCAUCAGGAGAUGGACAUUGAAGUAUCUUCUCACUAGGUAGGACAUGUCAACCUGAUGCUCUCCAUUCAUGCUAAUGACACCCAUUAUUUCCACACCAAAAUGCCUCAUCUGCCUAUUUCUGUGCCAGUAAACAAGGUCAAGUUGCCCUUCAUCCCCCACAUAUCUUCUUGCAUGCUUUCUGAUGUUGAUGAGAGAAUAAUCCAUGGACAGAGACAAAGGAAUUCCCUGUAGUCCAACCACCAAUAGGGGAAGCUUUUUGUGCAUGGGGGAAUCCUGUUCCUGGAGAUGGGAUUCCCCCACCAUGGCCGCAAAGGGUUGACCUUGGAUUGUAAAUCCACAGCAGCAAAGUUUGAUCUUUUCUGCUCACCAUCUUUUUCUGACUCUGUAGGAAUCGAAGAAUUCCUGACCCAGAGAUGACAUGAAUGCUUGCAUCUAUAUAGCCCUCAUGCAGUCCCUCCCCUGACCCACUUCCUCUCCUUUGCCCCUACAGAUCCGUAGAGCUCCUAGGCUGCCCUCUCUCCACUGUUCAUGCAUGUAUAAAUCCCAUGCAACCUCACGCCAUCUCCUGGACUCCAAAAGGACAUGCUCGUGACGGCGAAGAGCAAGCUUUGGGCAGCUCUGGGCUCGUCCAAAGCCCGCCAUGGCGGCAGGAAGAAGAAGCUCCUCGUCCGGAUACAGGUCGCCGUGGCGAAGUGCACCGGCCACGGCGACGUGCCCAUCGAGGACAGGUACGUGGACGAGAUCCUCUUCCUCGUCUCCAACGCUCCUGUUUCCGCUGCCUUCCUCUCGAGGAGGAUUUCGGCGCGGCUGGCGGCCACACGAGACCCGGUGGUGGCCCUGAAGACCCUCCUGCUUCUCCACCGCCUCCUCCGGGGAGGCGACCGCCGAUUCGAGCGGGACAUAGGCACCCUGUGGUCGUCGGGAGAGCUCGAGAUGGAUCUGUCAUGGUGCUCUCACUCUUUUCUCGUUAGCUACUCCUCGUUUCUGGGAGACAGGAUGGGUUGGAUCAUAAACCACGCCGGUAUGCUGGAGCCAAUUGGGGCACCGCAAUCGCACGAGGAAGAGGAAGCUGAAUCGAUCCUGCACAUGAUAUCGAGAUGCCAAGUGUUUCUCGAUCGGGCUAUGGAUUGCCUGCCGCAUGAGGAGACGCCAUGGCCAAGCCAGGUGAUGCAGUCAGCACUCGACAUCAUCCUGAGAGAAAGCUUUCGUGUUUAUCGCAGCUUCUGUGAUGGGCUAGCAAUACUUGGGAAAUCUUCAGGAGUUCUCGGCAUCCUAAAAGAGGCAUGCAUCCAAACCCCCAGACUUCACGAGUUCUACGAGAAUUGCAAGAGAAGAAACCUUGGGAAGAUCUUAGACUUCCCGUCCGUUCGAAUCGUCACCAUAGACCAAGUAUCAUCCAUGCGGCAGCAUCAGAAUGAGGUCCAGGAAAACAAUGUGGAAGAAAGCGAAGCAUCAAGAAGUAGGUUUUUGUGGAAGCUGGAGACGAAGAUAAGCCAAGUAUGGGUUGCAUUCGAUGAGGAAGAUUCGACGACUUGUGUCAGCUCUGCCGGUGAGAGUCGUGGUUAGGUGGUGCCAAACAUUGACAUGAUGAAUGGGUUUGGAUGGUGAUUCUUCGGAGUUGCGGAGACUGUAUUCAUAGGACUUGCUUGUUUUGCUUUUGCUUGUUCUUUCUUAUGGUAUCUUGUCUUCCUGAUGUGGAGGAGGGGAUUUUUCUACCAUAAUACUACCAAUAAUCUUUCAAUCAUAUCAAGCACUAUUUAGAUAUGUUUUAAGUUUAGUUUCAUCUGUCAAAAGCUGUAUUUACUG